AUGGACAGUCGUUGCUAUGGCUGUGCAUCGAAGUUUAGUCUGUUCAAGAAAGAGCUGGGCUGUAAGAGCUGCGGCCGGUCCUUCUGCUCCAGUUGUUUGACUUUCAGUGCUGUGGUGCCUCGCUGUGGCAACACCCAGCAGAAGGUCUGCAAGCAGUGCCAUGGUAACCUGACCAGUGGGGAGGCUCAAAGCAGUGCUGGGAGAUGGUCCCCCCCUGAAAAUUACAAGAAGCGGGUUGCUGCACUUGAGGCCAAACAGCAGGGAAAGGGGACGCAGCCAGCUGUUCAUGGUGGGAGUCGGAACAGCAAAGCAGGGCCUGUACCUGCGAAAGGCCUCUGUAAAGAAGACCAGGCGAUUGCGGAGAGACUUCAAAAGCUUAAAGAGGACACCAAACCAAAGUCUAUCCCCUCUGAUAAAGAGAUUGAGUCACGCCUUGCUGCUCUGAAAGCUCCUACCCAGCCAGUGCCUUCGGCAGAGGAGAUGGAGGACCGCCUGGCAGCUCUCAGGGGUCAGCCACCACCAUCGCAAGCUCCUCCACCUGUACACCAGCCUCCUGAUAGACGGACUCAAGUUGAACAAACCAAUGAUUUGAUAACUCAAAUGACAGAGGAAGUUGCCAUUGACAACCAGCAAUCAAAUUCUGAAUCCAGUGUAGAUGACCUAAUGAAUGACCUUAACAAGGGACAAAGGACAACACUGGAUGAUAACUUGGAGGAGAACCAGGGAACAGUCAAGCAGCUCGAAGACGAGAAAGACCGUCUGCUCGAGGAAGCCAUGGAGGAGCUGAGGAAUGAGCGCCAUUCUCAAGACCAAAUCCUCCACGUAGCCAAGAGACUGGCAACGCUGAAGGGUCAGGACCCAGACAAAGUCACAAUGGAAGACUUCAAACAUCCUGACAGUGAAGAAGAAACUGAGGAGGAGGCAGUGAAGAGAGUAUUAAAACAGCUCUCAGAAGAAGCUGCGCUUGACGAGGCCAGUGGCUACAACAUACCUUUAGAACAAAGUGGGCCUAGAAACACCGAAAAGAAAAAAACUUCCAAGAAACCGACUGCUGCUCCUGCACAAAAGAGCAAGACGCUGCCUGCUGCUGUUGCACAUCUGUCAUCAGACGGUGAUGAAGAAGAGCUGCCCUGGUGCUGCAUCUGUAACCAAGACGCCACCCUGCGCUGUCACAACUGUGAUGGAGACCUGUACUGCAACCGCUGCUUUCGGGAAGGCCAUGAUAAAUAUGAGAGGAAGGAGCAUCACACCACUAACUACACUGCACCAAAGAAGAAAAAGAAGCAGCAGACAUGA